CAGAGAUCAAGCUCUGCUCCAUCAGCGCUGUUCAGGUUCUAUUGGACCAACUGUUGGAUCUGUGAGGAGAGCUUAGCACACCGUCUCAGAAGGUCAGGUUAAGGUGGAUGUGACUUCAGCAGUAUGGAUCACCGUCAGGACACAGAGAAGAAGACUCAGAGCAAAGCUCAGAGCAAUAAACAGACUUCUACAAAGCCGUCAGCAGAACCUGUACCCAGCAAAGAGUCCUCUAACCGCUCCUCAACAUGUCCCACUUGGUGUUGUCCUUUUCAAAGAACAGAAGUUCAUGAACCUGAACCUGUUCAGACACUUGAACCAGUACCUGGACCUCAGAGUGAAAGUAAAACUGAGGAUAAACCGGCUAACAAGGGUUUAUUCUUUAGUACUGUUAAAAGUUUCUGGACUAAAGAUCCAGAAGACUUCUGGCACCUGGUUUGUCCGCCUGGAGAUAAGGAUACUGAAUCAAAACUUUGGUUGAAGACUUCUUUGAAAAAGUUAAACGACAAAGAUCUGAAAUAUUUCCACUGGUUCCUGCGAACCGGAAACCAGACCAAGGACGGCUUCAAACCUAUCAGAAAGAGUCGCCUGCAGCACGCUGACAAACUGGACACUGUAGAUCUGAUGCUCCAAAUGUAUCCUACAGACUUCAAAAAGGUCACCGAAAGGAUUAUGAAGAAGAUCAACACAAGUAAAGAAAAUGAGGUCCUUAGUUCGGUUGUGAAAACAUUGGACAAUGUGGACAACAGGGAGCUGAAGUAUUUCCAAUGGUUCCUGAAAACUGCAAACAGGUCAAAGGAUGGCUUCAGAUCAAUAAAGAACAGCCAGCUGGAGGAUGCAGACAGACUGGAAACAGCACAUUUGAUGAUGCAGACCUACACCACAAACUCCAAGGAGGUCACAAGGAUGAUUCUGAAUAAGAUUAAGAGCAAUAAAGGAAACGUUAUCCCUGAAGCUGAGGAGCAGAUGAAGCCAUCCUCUCCAGCUGCUGCAGAAGAGAAAGAGCUCUCCAAGGUGCUGGACCAGUUUGUUAAGAAAGCUCCAAAAGAAACCUUGACCAAACUCUCACAGGCUCUUGUAGCGGAUGGUGUGUUGAAGUCCUCUGAGAAGGAGACCAUCGUUGAGAAGAACCACACCAGAGUGAACAGAGCAAGCUGCCUUGCUGACACAGUGAUGGAUAAAGGACCUGGUGCCUGUAAGAAGAUGAUUCAUCACCUUAAAGCUAUUGAUGUUCCUCUUUCCACCAAGCUGGGUUUGUUCUCUGGUCCAUUUGCUCAACAAGGUCACAGUUCACAGGAACCCCAAUCCAAACAAGUAUCAGAACCAGGAUCUGUUUGUAAACCUGCCAUUCAGCAGUUACUUACUACUAUUAAUUCAGCUUUUCAAAGGCCUGUAGAAGAACAGGAAGAAAGCUGGAGCCAGAUCUGUCCUGAAGGGGACAAUGAUGCUGACUUAAAGCAAUGGUUGAAGGAUUCUCUUGAAGAUCUGAACAGCAAGGAGAUGAAGUACUUCCACUGGUUCCUGCACACUGCAGACAAGUCCAAGGACGGCUUCAAACCCAUCAAAAAGAGUCGCCUGGAGCAUGCAGACAGGCUGGACACCGUAGAUCUGAUGUUUCAGACAUACACCACAAACAGCAGAGAGGUGGCAGAGAAGAUUUUUAAGAAGAUCAAUAAAAAUAAAGGACAAGAUUUCAGUUAUUGGCUUCUGGACACUCUGGAAGAUCUGGACGACAGGGAGCUGAAGCACUUCCACUGGUUCCUGCACACUGCAGACAAGUCCAAGGACGGCUUCAAACCCAUCAAAAAGAGUCAGUUGGAGAAUGCAGACAGGCUGGACACCGUAGAUCUGAUGGUGCAGAUGUAUGCUGCAAACACCAAGGAGGUCACCGAGAAGAUUGUGGAGAAGAUUAGGAACAAUAAAGACAAAGUUAUACCUGAAGCUGAGGAGCAGAAGACUCCAUCAUCUCCAACUGCUGCACAAGAGAAGGUGCUCACCAGGAUGCUCAAUGACUUUGUGGAGAAAGUACCAAAAGACACUUUCACCCAACUCAUGGAGGCUCUCAUAAGUGCAAACGCCUUGAAGGCAUCAGAGAAGGAGAAGAUCCUCCAGAACCACACCAGAGUAAAUAUGGCCAGCUGCUUUAUUGACAUUGUAAUGGAGAAAGGAACAGAUGCCUCCAAGGAGGUGAUUACCAGUCUUCAAACCAUCAACCCUCAACUGUCCUCUGAGCUGAGUUCACCUUCUAGUCCAGGUCACAAGUCGCAUAAAGAUUGCUCUGCUGGUAAAAAAUCCAAGCAAAUGUCGAAGGAACAGGAGGAAUGCUGGCGCCAGAUUUGCCCACUAGGAGAUAAAGAUGCUGAUUUGAAGCGUUGGUUGAAAAAAACGUUGGAAGAAUUAAAAACCAAGGAGCUGAGGUAUUUCCAUUUUUACCUGCGGACUGCAGACGAGUCCAAAGACGGCUUCAAACCAAUCAAGAGAAUCCGUCUGACGCACGCAGACAGACUGGACACAUUGGACCUGUUGGUGAACUUGUACCCAGCAAAGGCCAAAGAGGUCACAGAGAAAGUACUGGAGAAGAUCAGCAGUAAUACAGCGCAGCACUUGGUCCUGGAAGCUUUUGAUGAAAUGGGCGAUGAGGACCUUAAAUACUGCCAGAUGAUACUGAAGAGUACUGACAAGCUCAUGGGUAGCAUUACACCCACAAGAAAAACUCCUAUGGAGGACGGAGAAGAAGCGGACACAAUAAAACAGAUGAUGCAGAUGUACAACUUGGAGAACAGAGAGGAGUUAGAAAAAGCUCUGAAUAAAAUCCAGGAGCACACAGAUGAUCUGUCUGAAGCUGGAGAUCAGGACAAUCCCCCUUCUUCAGCAGCUCUAGGAGAAAAAAAAAUGAAGAACAUGCUCCUUGACUUUAUAAAGAAAGUGUCCAAUGAAACCCUGGAACAGCUCUCGAAGGACCUCGUAGCUGAUAAGGUCCUGACAGCUUCAGAGGGGAAAUCAGUUGUUGAGCAGAACCACACCAGGGUGAACAAGGCAAGCUGCUUGGUGGAAAUCCUGAAGGAGAAAGGAUCAGAGACCUGUCAGAAGGUGCUCAAUCAUCUCCAAACAAUAGAUCCUCAACUUUUCUCUAAGCUGGGCUUGUCCCAGAUCCCUCCUUUAAAACAAGAGUUGUUCCAACUUCUAAGCCUAAAGCUGAAGGAGGAGAACAAAAUGAAGGAAGGUGGAACAGAUGAAGAAGAAAACAUGGAGGCAAAGGGAGAGGACCAAUAAAGGCUUCAGGGACGUCCUGCAGCAUCAUGGUACCCCGGCUGAGAGUACUGAGCUUCAUCCACACUGACCUUGGAGGAACAUCUAACUCUCAGUGUUCUCCUCGGUGUCCAUCAUCUCAACCUGAAGACAUCUGAUCACAGAGACAAAGCAUUGCAGCUUCAUCACUAGUCUGCAGUGAGGCUGACAGCAGAACCACAGGACGUCUGGAUGUUUCCAUACAGUGGGACUAAAUCAGUGGAACAUCUAAACAGACACUAACAUCUGUCUUUUAAACAGCUGAGGACCAACCUGAACCUCCUGAAUUAUAGGAUGCAAACCAGUCUGAAGACAAAGACUGUUGGUGUGGAUGUGGUGAGGAGGACAGGCUUCACAUUGGUUCACAGCUCUCAUCUGACUAUGAGUAGUCCACUUCUAACAUCUGUCCUAAAGGAUCCAGUCUGGUCUGGACAGAACCCACUGAGGAUGGUUCUCCUCAGAUGUCCUGAGUUACCUUGAAGGUCCUCAUUCCUUAGAGAUGUUUAUUUUCAGCUGAAUGUUCCUGAAGGAAUCCUUGAUGUGAAGAAAUGUAUGGUGGACAGGUUCUUCUCUGUAGUAUAUCAGUUCUUCAAGCUAACUGGAUCUGCUGCAGUCAUGUCAUUAUUAGAUCUCAUCCCAUCUGUCCACUAGUGGAAUGUCCUGUGUUGAUGGUGGGGUUAAUUAUUUAUGUUUUACCAGCGGUUAUUUAGGAGAACAUCUAAACUGUUCAGCGCUCUGACACAUUUAAACAUUUAUACUGUUUCAGAUUGAUCCUCAUUGUAAGACCUUCUAGAGCAUGAAGUACUUGGUUGAUUUUGAAUAUUUAUGUUUGGUAUUUGGUUCAGGGCCAUUUCUAGUCCUGUUAUACCUUAGUAGAACCGAAAUCCGGGUUGCUUUAUAUUUGAAUGAAUUUUGUGUUUAGUUUUUCCUCUAUCCUACCGUCAUUUUCAUGUCUGUGUUUCUAGUUUUUAACAAUCUCCUAAUGUUUAUUUCUAUACUAGACUCUGCUGGAAAGUUUCAGUCAUCAUUAAAACCUUUCUUUACCUUCAACCUGCCUGGUUUCUGCAUUUGGUCCAAUUUAAACAGCUCCACUUAGAAACACGUGACUUCCUGUGUCCCUGCUGCCGGUUUCUUUCAGUCACGAACCACUAAGCUGGAUGAGACACCUUGGAUCUUCUCACCACACAAACACAAAUCUCCAAAGCUCACUAAGAACAGACCUGCAGUAAAGAGUCCCCAUGAAACCAGGUGAGUCCAAUCAGAGGAAUGCAGAACAGCAGAAGGAGAGAGCAGAGCAGAACACUGAAUCACAUAGAGGAAGAAGAACCAAAACACAAAUGGAUCCACAAGCCAAAUGGAAAAGAACCAAGACCAAAAAAAAACCGUCAAAACCUGAGAACAGAACCCAGGACGUAAGUAAGAAACUCAACCCAGGAAGAAACUGCAUGAUUUAAGUUACAAUAUUAAACCACUCAAAAACAAACUAAAUAAAGCAAGACCUAAUUAACAGUAAUAAAGUACAUAAGGAACAGACAAGGUUCAAGAUGUGGAUCAGUGAGACAGAGGGUCAUGACCGCUGCUCCUCGACAUCGAUAGGAGUCACUUGAGGUGGGUUGGGCCUCUGAUCAGGAUGCCUCCUUGGUGCCUCCCUUUUGGGGUUUUCUGAGCACAUCCGACUGGGAGGAGACCCCGAGAAAGACCCAGAACUUGCUGGAGGGACUUAAUAUCCCGUCUGCCGUGGGAUGUCCCAGAAUGAGCUGGAGGGUGUCGUCUGGGUUUACCUCCUCUCAUCUCAUGGAUGGAUGGAUGGAUGUGGAUAGAUGUCCAUCCAUCCAUCCAUCCAUCCAUCACCAAGUUAAUGUUCAGUAACGACCUACCAGAGACCACAGUCUGUAGACCAACUGGCUUUAUUCCUCAGGAGAUUUUGAAGAUACAGAACCCUGGGUCAGGGAUGAAGUGGACAUCCAGGUAGUUUACAGAGUGAUCCACUGAAGAACAUGGACAGCUCAAACAUCUACCUGCGAACGAAGAUGGUUCAGUUCUCCCAGAGAUGUGACCAAAUUCAGGGGCUGCAUCCUUCCAAGGACCUGGUCUACGUGGACCGGGUCCUUCAAUGGCGAAGGCAGGAAGUGACCGGCCGUGAGUUUGGACGUCUCGCCUUCACCAGGUGUUCACGCCUUACCUCAGCGUGACUUCUGUUGCCUAGCAACCACGACAGCAUGAAGCUCAGAGCUGUGAAGCCGUAAAGAUGGAGCCUAAAGGUCUGCUGUCUCCACUGCAUAUAACUGCACAUGGUUUUUAUUUUUCAUAUUCCUGAUAGCUUGUAAGUUUUUUUUUUAUGUUCUAGUUUUAUUAUCUUUUCAUUAUAUUCUCCUUUAUUAAUCAGCCAUCAAAAAUGUUCAAAAUUAUUUUUAUGUUCAUAGAUAUAAACAAAUAUAACACUGUGAAUAAAGUAUAUUGAUGACAAAUACCAUUUUAUUUAAUAUAUUUGUAAAACUUUUAAGGACUUAAACA